AAAAGAUACACGUGUACAUAAACCUAGGAGAUUGCUGAAGGAGGCUGUAGCCAGCUUACCAGAAGGAUCAUUGAAAUCUGCCAUUAACAAAAGAUUUGGAUUUUAUGCAAAGAAAUUGAAGUUAUUGAUUUGUAAGCAUGAUAAAACAAAAGAGUUACCAGUACCAAGUGAAAAACAAAAGUUUCCUUAUAAUCUGUACACCAAGAAAACACCUUCACUCCCUGAAACAACGGACAAUGGCCAGACACAACAGAUAUAUGGCGCAUUGCUGUGUAGAAAGCUGGAUGUGGAUCCUGUGGAAACAUUGGUUGACUUGCUAGCUAAAAUUGAUGAGGAGAAUGUGGAGGUAUUGCUCCUUAACCUGACCUGUGGGAUAACGUCUUAUUUAGGUCUACUCAAAAUGAUGCAUCUAUAUAUUCUCAUUGUCCAACCAAAGGCAGAGAGCACCAUAGAUAAACAGAAGGCCCAAAGUUCGAGAAAAAAACUUAAAACAGAAGAUGCUGACAUGUGUCGAUCAUUAUGUGAUCAAGUGAAGAACUUCCUGUCCAUGUGCCAUCUUCGGCAUUCGACCAUGCAAAAGCCUGAGGCUUCCGGUCUAUCCGUACAGCUAUUGGGAUCUUCUGUCCUCCAUAUUGGCUGUAUUUAUCGAUCUGUAUCUUUUGACCAAUAGAAAAUCAAACAAACAGGAGCAGGCAUCCAGGAGGUUAUGUAAUGUGGCUUGUUACCUGACUGAGGAUAAACCAAGUUUCCGAUUGGACGCCAUCGUACAGAUGUCAAAGGUUCAGAUGAAUAUUGACCUACUGCUGCCGUUUGUUAGGAGGACCUUUGAGAAGAAGCCUGUUACAGGGGACUUUCAACACUACCUAAAAUAUGUGUUAGCCAUGCGGACUGUCUGUGAUAUCACUAAUGAAUAUAACAAUGAGGAAAACAGCGAGAUCCAUACUCUCAAAAUUCAGACUGCGAAGACCAUCCCUGCCCCCAAACGUUUCCUUGAUUGGUUAAUGAGCCAUAAUGACAGCAUAUUAGAUGAAAUGCCUGUGGAAGAUCGGCGCUUUAAGGGGUCAAAUGUCACCAGAUUCAUCCUGGAGGAGGCCGACAAUAAACUCCUGUCAUUACUGACUGACACUCUGACAAAUUUUGAUGAGAAGAUGGAGGAUCAAAGUUCCAAAAAGAGAAACAAAUCUGCCAAAAAGAAACGAAAAUUAGAGAGAGAGAUGAAUGGACAAGAAGACAUGCCAGAUUCUGAGCUGUUCUUCCUGGACACAGGUAGCAGUAAACAGAAUGAUGAUACAAAUACAGAGGAUCAUGUUACAAAAAAGAAUAAAAUAUCAAAAAAGAAACGAAAAGCAUCCAAAGAGAUGGAGGAAGAAGAAAACACACCAGACUCAGAGCUAUUCUUCCUGGACACAGGUGGCAGUACACAGGAUCAAGAUUCAGAAAUGGAGGAACACGUACCGAAAAAGAAAAAGAAACAAAAGAAGAAAAAAGAAUCUGAAGAGACAACUGGACUAGAAAAACAACAGGGUACACAGCUAUUCUUCCUAGACACAGUAGGAAAUCAGGAAAAACAGGCUACAAACAAACUAAAGGAGAAUCAGGAGACUGAAGUGUAUGUCAUUGACACUACAAAAUUCCAGCAAAAUCUGGAUGACAUUGAAAUUGUAGAUCAAGAAGAGAGUGAUGACUCGAUAGAAAUAACUGAUAUCACUAUCGGUGAACCCGCCAUAUCAUCUGGUGAUGAAGAGGAAAUUGAGGCUAAUGAGUCAGACAGAAGGGAUAUGGAGGAGGACGAAUCUGAUGUGGAAGGCCAGAGUGACGCCAGCAACACAGACAAUGAUGAGGAACAGAUAAAAAAAACUACUGAAGGAAAUCUAGUCAGAAAUAUUGGUGAAGCGAUGGAUGAAGAUAUUGUGGCAGAUGAUGUAGAUUCUGUUACAGAUGAGGGGAGAAAAGGAGAAUAUUCUGUUGAAGAUGAGGAAGAGAAAUCUGGCGAAGAAAUCAGUGAUGAUGAGUGUGCUGAGGACGACGAUGAAGUGGACAAUUCUGAAGAUUCUGUUGAAGAUGAGGAAGAGAAAUCUGGCGAAGAAAUCAGUGAUGAUGAGUGUGCUGAGGAAGACGAUGAAGUGGACAAUUCUGAAGGAAAAUCUUAUCAAGAACAAACAGAAGAAAUGCUGGCAACCUUUGUAGACAAAAGUCCCAGAGAAGUGCUGGAAGAGGAUACAGGUGAAAGGGAGAUAACUCUAUCGACACCUGAACAGAAGAAACCUGUCCCAGAGCUACCAGUGUCGGGAAGGUCUACUAGGCAGAGACAGACAUCUAAAAACAUUGUAGUCACUACUGGAGCAUCUCAACUAAGUGUUAAACAACAAAAGGGUAGUGGAACACCAGGCAUACAGGAAUCUCAGACUACCUCAGUACUGGAGAAAAAGCAAACACCAUUGUCAUUGAGGACGAGGUCUUCAGACAAACCAUCAGUCAUGUCGCCUAGAAAAUCCACACCUGGGAAAGGGUUGUCAGUCGUUCAGCCUGAAAUUACCUCACCCAAGAAACGAUCAUCAGUCACAAGUCCUGGAAACACAUCACCCAGCAAAAGAUCAUCAGUGGCUAGUCUUGGAAACACCUCACCCAGCAAAAGAUCAUCAGUGGCUAGUCUUGGAAACACCUCACCCAGCAAAAGAUCAUCAGUCGCCAGUCUUGGAAACACCUCACCCAGCAAAAGAUCAUCUGUUGACACACCUAUUGUUAAAUCAACCAAGAAACAAUCAUCAGUUGAUACACCUAAACUUGAGAAAAGGCUAUUCACAGAUGUUCUUGAGUUUACUUCAGAGGACAUAGAAGACAAUGUAUUUUCGCCAAAGAAACAGGUUAAGGGAGUAACACCAAAAAAAAAAGGUACAGGAGACAUGGAAGUGAUAGAUGGGUCAUAUUCAGGUGAAACAUCAGUAAAAACAUCAACAAGGAAACGAAGAACCGAACUCAAGACUCCAGAUCAAAGUAAACAAAUAGAUGGAGCCACUUCACGCAGAAAAUCCAAUAUCAAAAAAGAUAUUUUUGAUUUUGAAUCCGAUGAAGAAGUGAUUUUGAAAACAUUGGGAAGAAAGCAGAAAAGCGAAACGGAUAGACCGGAAACCCCCAAGACUGAGUCCAAUAGACUAAAAACUCAACAUACUCCCAAAACUGAAGGUGACAAAUUUAAAACUCCUAAAAGUGUAAAAGAAGGAAAUAAAUCCUAUUCACGGUCAGGGAAAGAGUCAGUAGAAAUUCUAAGUAAUGAAGUCAUUCCAGAUUCAAAUGAUUCUGAUGGUGAAAGUGGAGAGGACUUUCCCUUGUUGAAUUCUCCUAUUAAAGAGAGUUGUAAGGUCUCUUCAAGGUCUAAUAAAACCUCACACAGUAAAAAGGUUGUACCAACACCUGAUUAUACUGAUACUCCAAGGCCACAAAGGACCAAAAGGAUUUCUACAGAGAAACUUACAUCUUUAAAAUCUCACAAUUCACUUCCUUCUCCUGUAGUUGACGAUGUUCAGCAUUCUUCCAAACAAAGUCGGACAAACGGGAGGAAGUCUCGCACCAGUGCUAGUGUUGACUCUGAUGUGGACAUUGACAGUGGUGAUACUGCUGUGUCAGCACUUACUGCUGCUAACCUAGCAACAAAAGCAUCUCCAGAAAAACGCUACUCAUUGAGAGCUACACGGCAACGGAGGGAAUCUGGGGGUUCUAAUGUCAGUAACUCCUCAAUGGUGACACGGUCGAGGACGAGUGUUUCUGAGGAUUUAGAGUCUAACUUAUCACAGAACAAAACAAAAGUUUCCUCAAGGUUACAAACAUUGGAUGAGGACAAUGACUCGGAUAACAAGGUCAUCUCCAUUAAGGAAACACAGAUCCGAUCUUCAAAGAGGAAAUCAAUGUCGUCUACAAACGUUGAGUUACCACGUAAAUCAGGAAGACGAUUCUCUUUAAGAUAAAGAGAGGAAGACUAGGGCCUGGAUGUACCCUGUAGUUAAUGUUUUCAGCGGCAGCAUCUCAUCAGAUGUUCUCUAGAUUUAAUGGACCAAUCAACCACAUUUUCAUGAAGUCAUUACUGCUGUUAUUUUCCAAGAUUUUAAUUAUAAUUGUAAGGUUAUAUCAAUUUACAUACAAAUAUUUGUUGCAUUUAUAAUAAAUUCGAACAUUAAAUUUGCCAUAACAGAUAACUCCUGUAUUCUUAGGUUCUAUAUUUCUAAGGGAGGCAACUCUGAAUUUUGUUGGGAUUUUUUAAAAGAUUAAUGGUACCCAUAUUACUGUGUCAAAUCAUGAAGAAUAUAAUGUGAUGUAAGGAAUAUGAGUGAUUCAAAAGGUUUACUGUAUGUUGGUACCUGUGUAUGUAUAGAUUUACACAAGAUACAUGUUUUAUACCGUAUUUGUCCUUAAAUAAGCCCCCUUCUCUAGUGUAAAAGUUAGAAUUGAGGUUUAUUUUUGUAAUCAACUUAGCUUACUAUAUUAAAAUCCAUGGUUGUGCAAAAGAAGGGAGCUUAUUUACAGAAAAGCAUGGUAUAUAUAUAUUGAUUUAAAUGUUGUAAAUGUUUACUUGAUAUUCAUUAAAAAAAAACUAUUUCUGGCCCGAAUAUUCAAAGAGAAUGCAGUUUAUCUAUUUGUUUAUCAUUUUAUCAUUCAAUUUUUAUCAAUUUUUGUAAAUAAACAUGCAUAAACUAAAGCUAAAUUUUAAUUACAUGUAUAGUCAAGGGGACAAUAAAGAAUAAUACUAAAUUUGAAUUUCAUGUAUAAUCAAGGAGCCAUUUUCCUGUACAUUCAACUCCAUUAUUCUAAUAGCAGAAGUCUUUCUGUCCUAUACAUAAUAUAUACUGGUAUGUCAUCAUCAUGAUCGGUGACUGUGACAUGCAAUUUCUGCUUCACUGACUUUGGUCAUGUUUAGCAGUUAUCUUCAGUUCUGAUCAAAACAGGAUCAAAUAUAUUAUUGAUUGUAAGCUGUAAUACAAUGUAGCAACUUUUUCUAUAUUACGAAAAUAAUUCUAGGUCUCAGUUCCUUGUAAAGCAAAGGAAGCAGUCCUUCAGGCAGAGUUAGAUUUUUUUUGGAAUUAUUGGUGCUCACUCUAUAUCUGAAAUGUGUUUGAUUAAAUAUUGAACUAUUGUCAUUUUAUUUUUAGCUCAUUUGUUUGUAAACACUUAAUUACUAAGGUCAUGGUAUUACAACUUAAUUAACGGACUGGAAAUUUAAACCCCUGCUGUAUAAAGGAUGGAAAUGGACAUGUAGAGGAAUCACUCUGUACAUCUGUGUGUGUGUGUGUGUACUUGAGUAGAAGAAUGUUUCCAUGACACAAAGAUUGUGUAUCAGAUGUUUAUCAACCUGUUAAUGCCUUUACUUCAUAUUCACAAAUCACUAUCCUAUCAAUAAAUUCUGAUUAGGAAGUGGUGGUCAUAAGUCAAGGUUAAAGAGUCAAAAGUCAGACUUGACCAAUAGUGUAUCAUGAAUCCCUAAACAGAUUUAAUCCAUAUCCACAUUGUAGUGUUCUACGCCAGUUUUGUUGUGAUUGGUGAACAUUAAAUGGUUGAAUACUACACUAUCACAUUGUAAACAUUAAUAGACUGUGAACAGGAACUGUUAUCAGUCACAUUAAAUGAUGGGGGAGGGAGUGUUUCAGGAUAUCUCUAUGUGAGACCCUGCUUAAUUUCCUAUUACAUGUUUCUUUCAAAACAUUGUCUUUGACCUACUUUCAAGUUCACAGGUCAAUGGUGUAAAGAUUUUUCUUAAAUAUAUAAACAAUGUCUUUAGCCGAACUGUUUUUAGUCAUAAUAAACUCCAUUGUUGGAUUCUAUUUACAGUGCCAAUAUUCCAGGUAAAACUUCUGAUUUUAUAUAUAAAA